AUGUCACAUGACUCAACGCAGCCCCUGUCAGGGCUCUUGUUUGAGACGGAUGCCAAUAGUGCCAUCCAUAAUUCAAUUGAGAGACAUAAGCCGCUGCUUAUGCUAAUCACAGGGCAAUCGGAUGAAUGUGAGAGCUGGAUUGAUGGCCGAUUAACCAAUAAGAAUGAGAGAUUUGAGUCUUCCCUCAGGCCUUAUCUAAGCUCAGAGUUUGUCCUAUUAAAGAUAUUUAAGGAUACCCCGGAUUUCUUUAUGUUACUACAGAUUUAUCCGCAAUUUGGAUCAAUAGAUGUUCCGGCAGUAUUGAUUGUUUCCGGAGGCAAGAUUGUUGAUUUGAUCGGCCACGAUGUUAGUGUAUCCGAGUUUACCGAGAGAAUGUGCUCCCAGAUGCAGAGGGGAAAGAAGGAGGAGGAGGAGGAGGAGGAGAAGAAGAAGAAGAAUGAUGGCGAUGAAAGCAAUGAAAGAUCGGAUUUGACUUCUGAAAGACCCUUGAAGGCUAUUACAAAAAAGACUGGUAAAAUACCCAAAUCGAACAAUACCACAGGAUAUACGACAUCUGCUGUGCAAGCUGCGGCAGCAGCAGCGGCCUCAGCAGCUUCAUCGGCUGCUUUGGAGAGGGAAAGAAUUCUACGCCGAGUCAAAUUGGAUCGUGAAGAAAUUAAACACGACCGCAUGGAGGAGAAACAUCAGAUUUCGGAAGAACCGGUAAGAGAAAACAUACACAACAAGGAUUUAGAGACAGAGUUGAACUACGUUCUUCAAGUAAGACUUCUGGAUGGGAAGGCCAUUAGAUCCAAAUUUCAGCGCGAUGAAAAGCUUGGCAAAGUCAGAGACUACAUUUUGGAACAGUAUCCUGACUACAGAAACGUAUCCUUUUAUUUCUACAGGAACGUUGAUCGUGUCACAUAUAAGGAGGAAGACGAGGCCAAGAGUCUUAGAGAGUUGAAUUUAAACCGGGCCACACUACUGAUGAGACCCCUGGAGAGGCAGCGCCAUGGUGACAUAGAUACCCCAACGAGCAGCACAGAGAUAGGUAAUGCUGUGACAGGAACAGUUAGCUGGCUUAAGAACAGGGUUGGUAGUUAUUUAUGGGGUACUCCACCAGCAGUGGAAAGCUCAAGAAAUACGAUUGUUCAUCAAUCGAAGGCACUUUAUCACGAUGAAGUGACUACAGAUCCUAGUGAACAGACGUCCAAUUUCAAUCCUUAUGGCCAAUCCGAUCUCAUUGAUAAGUCCGAGCAUACAGAAGCUAAGAAAAAGGGACAUAGCACUUUUACCAAAAAAUCUGAGAAACGACCUCAGGUAUCGACGCACGAGAGCCACGGAACAGAAAGUACGUAA